UGCGUGUAUUUGUGUAUCGUCAGUGAGAGCGCAUCGCUGUACUGUGAUGGUUAGUGCCAAUGCCAGACCUUUUACGUAUUUCGCAGAGAGUAGACCACGACAGACCCCUCGGAAUUGUCCCAGUGUCGAGAGCUCAUUAAACUGACGGAUUAUACGGAUAUAAACUUUACUGAAGGAUCUUUUCGGUUUUUGGGGUACUAUGCCAGAACCCAAAUGCGAUUUGGACAUUCAACCACCUGGUUCCGAAUGACACCUGCAACCAGCUUCCAUGUUUACCAAAUGUUACGCAAACAUGCUUCACAGAAAUGGAUCUUUUUGUACGUGCCGUGGACCCCGUGAGAAGGAAUCUCUGAGUUUGUAGAGCCAUCAUCCUCCUACCUCACCCUCUCCAUUCCUUUCAUACUGGUCAUCUCUGCAGCCCCUUGAGCCAUAAUUUUGAUUGCUCCACCUGUGCGUUAGUGGUCACUGGAAAUUUAGGAGGAUAAACAGCCUAAUCUCGUCUUCACCCCCAAAGGUUGAUUGACGAUGGCAAGGCUUUCGUCUUUGUCAGUGUUUUUGACUGGAGCCUGCAUUCUAACGCUGUGCGUAGGAGCAGGUCAGAAUCCAGACCACAUGCUGCAGGGCACUGGAGUGAGGCCUGGCUCAGACUUCAGAAGGCCUGGGGAUGACUCUACUGUGGCACCAGAAGAUGCUGCCCGCUUCCUCAGCUGCCACUGCUCAGGACACUGCCCUGAUGAUGCCAAGAAUAACACCUGCAAGACAAAUGGGCAGUGCUUCGCCAUCAUUGAAGAAGAUGAAAAUGGAGAUGUGAUCCUAAGCUCAGGCUGCAUGAAAUAUGAGGGCUCUCACUUUCAGUGCAAGGAUUCACAGUUUGCACAGACACGUCGAACUAUCGAAUGCUGCCAGUUUGACUUUUGUAAUCGAGACCUAAAGCCAGAUUUACCACCUCGAGACUUGGAGCCGCCAGACCCUCACUGGCUGGCCUUCCUUAUUUCAGUAACUGUGUGCUGCUGCACCCUCAUCUGUGUCACCGUCAUCUGUUAUUACAGGUAUAAGUGGCAGGCAGAGAGGCAGCGGUACCACAGAGACCUGGAGCAGGACAAGGCCUUUAUCCCAGCUGGAGAAUCUCUCAAAGAGCUCAUCAACCAGUCUCAAACCUCAGGCAGUGGUUCCGGGCUCCCUCUGCUGGUUCAGCGCACCAUUGCAAAGCAGAUCCAGACGGUGCGUCUUAUUGGUAAAGGACGAUAUGGAGAGGUGUGGUUGGGUCGGUGGAGGGGGGAGAAGGUAGCAGUGAAAGUUUUCUUUACUCGAGAGGAGGCCAGCUGGUUUCGAGAGACAGAGAUCUACCAAACCGUACUCAUGAGACACGAGAACAUACUAGGUUUCAUUGCUGCUGACAUAAAUGGUACAGGAGCCUCUACACAGCUCUACCUGAUCACAGACUACCAUGAAAACGGCUCUUUGUAUGACUAUUUGAAGUUCAUCACUCUGGAUACACAGACCCUGCUUAGACUGGCCUACUCUGCUGCCUGUGGCCUGUGUCACCUGCACACAGAGAUCUAUGGCACACAAGGAAAACCUGCUAUAGCUCAUAGAGACCUGAAGAGCAAGAACAUCCUCGUAAAGAAAAAUGGCACCUGCUGCAUCGCUGACCUAGGGCUUGCUGUCAAGUUCAACAGUGACACAAAUGAGGUGGACAUCCCGCUGAGUACACGUAUGGGGACCAGACGCUAUAUGGCUCCAGAAGUCCUGGACGAGACUCUGAAUAAAAACCACUUCCAGGCCUACAUCAUGGCCGACAUCUACAGCUAUGGGCUGGUUAUUUGGGAAAUGGCCAGACGCUGUGUCACUGGAGGUAUUGUUGAGGAGUAUCAGCUACCAUAUUAUGAGAUGGUUCCAUCAGACCCGUCCUACGAGGAUAUGCUAGAGGUAGUGUGUGUCAAAGGACUGCGGCCAACUGUAUCUAACAGAUGGAACAGUGAUGAGUGUCUGAGGGCCAUGUUGAAACUGAUGUCAGAAUGCUGGGCCCACAAUCCAGCGUCACGUUUGACCAUCCUACGAGUCAAAAAGACUUUAGCAAAAAUGGUAGAAUCUCAAGACAUUAAAAUCUGAUCCAUCUUUUUACCUCAGCAUGUUUGCAAGAACACACAACUGAGUGGUUUUAUUUCAUCUUUGACAUCAUUGUCCACUUCACUGAGAAGGAUGAGAGUUGGUGUUGGUGACAUCUAACAGCUGUAAAAUAUUUUUCUCUCCUGCUCGAGCUGUUGUGGAUCACAGACAUGGUGCCUUCACUGCUUUCUGUGAAAGCUAUAUCAUUGCAAACUUGGAUCAUUACUGCAACAAUCAAACAUGGUAGAGUGGGAUUUUCUGGAGGUUUUGGGAAAAACUGACAUAUAAACCCCCCCCCCCCCCGCAGUUUUGAAUUUACGUUUAUUUUUUAGAUUCUGGGAAAAACAUCCUGCCAUUUGGAUAAAAUACUGUUUCAUUCUCAUGAAAUCUGUGUAAAACAUACUGUGAUUUAAAGUAUGACUUGUAAAUAUAUUAUAGUAACAGAUAAACAAAGAACAGCAAAAUAAUAUACUAUCAAUAUAAGCUUGGUACAAGUUGUAGACUUUUUAGAUGAUUGUAUGUGUAUCUAGCUACAUGAUGUGUGUGGCAUUUAAAAAUCUUAUACACACACCACCUUUACCUAAAUAAGGUAAAGAAAAAUGCAUGCUUUUGAGAUGUGCCUCUUUUUUUAUGAACCAGCUGUUUUGAAUAGACCACUCAAAAUGAAAAUCCUCUCAUAAAUUUCCCACCCUAAUGCCAUCCCAGAUGUGUAUGACUUUCUUCUGAACACAGAGAUUUUUAGAAGAAUAUCACAGCUCUGUAGGUCCAUACAAUGCAAGUGAAUGAUGUCCAGAACUUUGAAGCUCCAAAAGCAAAUAAAGGAAGCAUAAAAGUAAUCCAUAAUCCAGUGGUUAAAUCCAUGUCUUUUGAAGCAUUAUGAUAGGUGUGGGUGAGAAACAUACAUUUUUAAGUCCUUUUUUAACUAUAAAUCUCCACUUUCAUUUUCACAUUCUUCUUUUGUUUUUGUCUAUUUGCGUUCUUCAUGCAUAUUGCCACCUACUGGGCAGGGAGGUGAAUUUAUGGUAAAACUUAAAUAUUUAUGGACUUAAAUAUUGAUCUGUUCCUCACCCACACUUAUCAUAUCGCUUCUGAAGACAUGGAUUUAACUACUGGAGUCGUGUGGAUUACUUUUAUGCUGACUUUGUGCAUUUUGGAGCUUCAAAAUUCUGGUCACCAUUCAUUUGCAUUGUGAGGACCUACAGAGCUGAACUUUCUUCUAAAAAUCAUUGUUUGUGUUCAGCAGAAGAAAGUCAUACACAUCUGAAAUGGCAUGAGGGUGAGUAAAUGAGAGGGUUUUCAUUUUAGGUGAACUGUCCUUUUAAGAGGCGUUCAUAUUCUGUGAUUUCAAGCGACAAAGCGACCAACGUCCAUGAUUUUCAGUGAGAUUUGUCAAUUUGAGGCAACAUGAGUGACAGACCACUGGUGAUGCAAUAAAGUUGAUCUGAGUUUAACUUUACACAAAUGGGCAGUGGCACAGUGUGGCAAAAACCAAAGGGAAUAGCUCAUGUGGUCCAGGAUCUGAUACUGUUAGAUACAGCAGUUGAGUAGGAAUGUCUGCCUGCAACCAUCUGUACAGUGGCUUGGCCACCUCAGGCGAUUUAAUCACUGCAAGAGUGAACACCCCUUCAAAGUUGCCAAACUCUGUUUUGUUUUUGUGAGGGUGGGAGAGUUGGUUGUUUUCAUAGGUAUAAUUGGAUUGGUGUGAUACAUUCCUGAGUUCACUAUAUUGCUGUAGAUGCUUCCACUAUGAAUUAUGAAAAGAACCACAGCAACUAUUAACCAUGUGGUGAAAUGCCAAUCAUAUGUCCUUGCCAGUAUUCUUAAUUAUGUAUUUUAAUUGCGUAGAUGUUUGCGAGGUGCCUGAAGGUGAAAGGUAUGACCGUAAUUAAAUAACAUCUAUUAAUCAUCAGUGCUUAAUAUUUCAGUUGGGGCUGAUGAAAUAGUUUCCUGGUAACUGGUACGAUCCAAAAUACACAUUAUUGUUAUAAAAUGUUAUAUAAGUUGUUUACAGAACUCCCAGGUGGAUUUAGUUUUAUUAUUCACAAAAUGCAAGGUCGUGUCCUAGCAUAGUCAUUUAUUCUCAGUGCCGUUGAAAAGACCAAUGUGAUUUCAAACAGUAACAAAACAAAACACAAUUCACAUUAGUGAACCCUAACUGGAAGUGUGACUGAAAAAUGCUAUGAUAAUAUCAGUGCCAGACUAAGGUGCUAUGUCAAAUACUACUAGCACAGUAUACCUAGAAAUGCCAAAAGGGCAUCUUGAUUUACACAGAAUGCCAAGGUUGUUUACAAAAUGAUGUAACUAUUUGAGAAAAGUUCUGAAUAAAGAUCAUUAGAAAAUAAUAGUUCUAAGACAAGGGAAAUAGUCAAUAUCACCUUAGCAUGGUGAAGUUAACUUCAGUGAACAGUACAAUAGGGGUAAAGCAAAAACUAAAUAUACUAUCUAUGUAAAUACACUGGUAACUCCUACCAUAUAAGCCAUCUAGAAUUUGAAUCCAUGAAGCAGAUUAUUUACAUCAAAUGCACUUCUGGGUCUGAAAAUGGGUAUUCAGACAUUAGCAUCUGAUUGCGUUAAAAAAAGAGGAAUCAUCUCAUUUUCACUAUUGCAAUGUUUUUGAAGUCAGUUUUCUUGUCAUCCUCUUGUCAAAAAUUGCCCAAAUACCUAGCAUCUAACCCAUGCUUUGUUCUGUUCUUUACUGUGCUCAACUGAGAAUGCACCUUUUAGUUAUGAAGUUCAUUUGUUGGGAAAUGACACUUAUUAAAUUUUCAUUUUUUGUGUGCUGGAGCAUGAAUUUUACCAUACUGUAUAUAUGAGUGUAGAUUUUUAAAUGUGAUUUACCAUAGUAGCACACAGCCAUCUGUGUAAUAUAUUAAACAAAACCCUUAGUGUGUAA